AUGUCUUUAACGGUACAGGUGACUGCGCCAAAUGGCCGAAGGAUUGAAUUACCAACUGGAUUGUUUAUCAACAACAAAUGGGUGAAGGCAGUGAAGGGUGGUAGUAUCACAAGUAUCAAUCCAGCAGAUGAGACCAAUAUUGCAUACGUGCAAGCCGCUACAGCCGAAGACGUCGACAUCGCCCUGAUCCGAAAAUUGAGUGAUCUCGUCCAAGAGCACAUGGAAGACCUGGCGACACUUGAGACAUGGGACAAUGGAAAGCCGUAUUCUGUCUCGCUGAAUGAGGACCUUCCGGAAGUGGUAGGGUGUCUGAGGUAUUUUGCUGGCUUCGCCGAUAAACUCCAUGGUCAGGUCAUCGAAGGUGGCGCAACCAAGUUUGCGUAUACAGUACGGGAGCCAAUUGGUGUUUGUGGACAGAUCAUUCCGUGGAACUAUCCCCUCAUGAUGGCCGCUUGGAAGCUCGGACCGGCAUUAGCUUGUGGAAACACGGUUGUCCUGAAACCAUCUGAGCUCACUCCCCUCAGCAUUCUGUACUUUGCCAACUUGAUCAAGGAAGCAGGUUUUCCUCCGGGCGUCGUGAACAUUCUCAAUGGUCGAGGAGAGGAGGCCGGAACUGCAAUUGCGAGCCACCCAGGGAUCGAUAAGAUUGCGUUCACGGGGAGCACAGUCACUGGACAAAACCUCAUGGCAAUGGCUGCAUCAAAUAUCAAGAAUGUCACACUUGAGACUGGUGGCAAAUCUCCGUUACUUGUUUUUCAAGACGCAGAUCUGGAACAAGCAGUGAAAUGGACACAUGCUGGCAUCAUGAGCAAUCAAGGUCAGAUUUGCUCCGGUACCAGUCGGAUCAUUGUGCAAAAAGAUGUUUAUGAGGAGUUCAUCGCAGCGUUUCGGCAAUACACGGAAACUACGAGUAAGGUCGGUGACCCAUUUCAUGAUGACACAUUUCAAGGGCCACAAAUCUCGAAGACCCAAUAUGACAGAGUGCUAUCAUAUAUUGAGUCUGGUGUCCAACAAGGUGCUCGUCUUGUUUUAGGUGGAGCACCACCAGACAAAAAAGCGUCGGGCUUUUUCAUACCUCCAACAAUCUUUGCCGACGUCACAGACGAUAUGAUCAUCUCCCGAGAGGAAAUUUUUGGACCAGUGGUUGUCAUAUCAGCAUUUGAGACGGAAGAACAGGCUGUUCAAAAGGCCAAUGACUCGCCGUAUGGUCUUGGAUGCGCCAUUUUCACCCAAAAUCUUGAACGCAGUCAUCGAUUGGCCCGGAAGAUGGAAAGCGGAACGGUAUGGAUCAACAGCAGCAACGACAGUGAUUCACGAACUCCGUUUGGGGGUGUCAAGCAGAGUGGAAUUGGGCGGGAAUUGGGUGAAGCUGGACUGUUGACAUAUUCCAGUAUCAAGUCUAUUCACGUCAAUAUUGGCGCAAAGCUGUGA